AUGAAACCGCCACAGUUUCAUGGGGGAUUAAAUCCGUUGAAGGUCGAAGCAUGGGUUCUCAGCAUUGAAAAGCUAUUUGAAGUGUUUCCUUGUUCAGAGACACAGAAAGUAUUGCUAGCCACUUUUACUCUUGAAGAUGAGGCAAGAAGGUGGUGGAUGCUAAUGCGUGAAAACAAUAAGGAUAUUGGUUGGGCACGGUUCUUGGAGGUUUUCUAUGACAAAUACUUUCCACAGUGUGUCCGUGACAGAAAGGUGUCCGAAUUUAUGAAACUUAAACAAAACAGCAUGACUGUAGCUGAGUAUGAGACCAAGUUCAUUGAAUUGGCUAGGUUUGCACCGCAUGUGGUCGACACCAACUACAAGAAAGCGAGACAUUUUGAAGGGGGACUCCGGGAUGAUAUUCUAGAAAAAGUGAAUGUUCUCAAACUGGAGACCUAUAUUGAGGUGUUAGACCAAGCCAUAAUAUCUGAAGCUAACAUAGCCAGACAAGCUAAAUUGACAACUGACUGGAAGGGAACAGACUUGAACAUGAACAACAUCUGA